AUGGUGCCCAACGACCUUCAGAUACGGACGUCCCUAUCUCAUUUCCUCGAUUCCCCUUUCCCCUUUGAUUACAUCAUCGUCGGGGGUGGGACUGCCGGACUGGUGCUUGCCUCACGUUUGACAGAGGAUCCAUCCAUCACGGUAGGAGUCAUUGAGGCCGGUGAAUCGAAGCUCAGAGAUCCUGUUGUUGAUUCCCCAAUCGGGGUCUCCACCAUGCUUCACAAUCCCCAGUACGACUGGAUGUUCAAAUCUACGCCGCAGACAGGAACCAAUGACAGAGUGCAUAAUAUAUCCUGCGGCAGGGUUUUAGGAGGAUCCAGCGGGACCAACUUCAUGACAUACUGCAAGCCCUCCGCGGAGAAUAUAGAUCUCUGGCAGAAUCUCGGAAAUCCAGGCUGGUCGUGGGAGGAACUUUCUCCAUACUAUCAUCGGAGCCAAUCACUGGACGAUGAAACCGAGCGCCCCAAAAAAGUGCCCAGUGGCCAGCGUCGGACCUACGGCCGCACGGGUCCGAUAAAGACCUCUUUUUCACCCUGGCAAUUGGCCAUUGAAGAAUCCAUGAUGGACGCGUUCAAUAAGAUAUCGGGGAUUCCAAGACCAAAAGACCCCUUGGGGGGACACCACCUUGGGUUAUAUCAAUCGGUGUCAACCAUUGAUAGGGCUAAUGACGGGGUUCGAAGCUAUGCCACGACAGGAUAUCUGCUUCCCUGUCUCAACCGCAGCAACCUCCGGGUGGUGACUGGGGGAACAGUGUGCAAGUUACACCUCCAGAAGGAUAGUAAGAGAGCUAUAGGGGUAGAAUUCUGGUGUGAUGGUGCUUUUCAUCAAGUCUCGGUAGCCAGAGAAGUCAUCCUGUCCGCUGGCUCAAUUCAAAGCCCCAAGCUUUUAGAGCUCUCCGGUAUCGGAGACCCAGAAGUCCUCCAAAUGGCGGGAAUUGAGUGUGUUGUGCCCCUCCCAGGUGUUGGCCAAAAUCUCCGAGAACAUCCCAUGACACACGUCACAUACGAGCUCACAGCUGGUGGGGGUUUUCCUCCGGCAAAAGAACACACCAGCGUCGACGAGGAACAAGGAACUCCUAAAGGACGGCCGGGAGAACUGAGCUUGGUGGGAUUUCUACCAUUCACGUCCCUCGUCGCGGCAGAGGAGCUGGAAAGCACCAUCUCUAAAGCCAUAGACCAUCAAUGGUUUGCCUUGGCACCGGCAGAACAAAGCAUCAUUGCACGUUUACGCGACCCCAAGUCGGCGGCUGUGCAAUUCAUUGGUUAUCCGAGCAACGUCACCAUUGCAGAAGGAUGCCCCGAUGAAGAUACGACCAAGUCAGACAUGUCUCAAACCCAGAAAACCUUCUACAGCAUCCUAGUAAUUGCAACAAACCCACUGUCUAAGGGAAGCUGCCACGUAAAAUCGAUCGACCCAUUUGUGCCGCCCGAGAUUAACCUCGGUGUCCUGUCUCAACCUAUAGAUGUGGAUAUCCUGGCAGCCGGCAUUGCUUUCGCACACCGCGCCCUCCAGUCAGACCGAGUGGCCGACAAGAUUGCGGAACGGGUGUACCCAAAACCUCAAGUGGACCUUCGUGAUCGAGACCAGGGUUGUGAGUUUGUCCGGCUGAGUACCAUGUCGUUCAACCAUCCGGUGGGGACGUGUGCUAUGGGCCACGUCGUGGAUGAACGACUGCGAGUGAAAGGGGUUCAUGGGUUAAGAGUUGUCGAUGCCAGUGUGAUUCCAGUGCACAUUGAUGCGAACCCUAUGCCUACUGUGUACGCCCUUGCCGAAAAGGCCUCGGAUCUGAUUAAGGAAGAUCAAGGCGUCCUUUGCUGA